GAUUGGAUGAAUCCGUGAACACUUGAUUUAUGUCAAGUGUAUGGUAAUAAAUAGAAUUUCUUUGACAUACCGGAAAUCAGCUUUAGGUAUAAUUUCUGUAAUUUGAUCUUUGGUACUACUAUGUUUACCAACGAUUACUAUAAUUGUACAAUUUUAAAGAAUAUAUGAAUUUUUAUAAUAGGGAUUAUACUGUUGGUUACAUUACAAUGUCAUAAGUUUGACUGCUGCAGUGAAUCGUAACCUCCAUCUUCCUUCCGGCAUCUGCAGCUGGUUGGUCUUAGGUCAUAAUUUCGCCCUUCAAGAAAGACUAACCAGCAAAAUGUUGGGGCGAUUUGGACCAAUUCUGCCCCUUCUGGGGCAACAUCAACAGCAGCAGGUAAGAGGAAUGGCCACAUUGAAGGCUAUUUCUCUUCGAUUGAAGUCUGUUAAAAAUAUUCAAAAGAUUACCCAAUCAAUGAAAAUGGUAUCUGCUGCCAAAUACACAAGAGCAGAAAGAGAACUUCGUGCUGCUCGUCCUAUUGGUGAAGGUGCUAAGCAAUUCUAUGAGAAAGCAGAAGUUGCUGCACCAGCCGAACAGCCAGAGAAAUUGUUGAUUGCUAUUACUUCUGAUCGAGGCUUGUGUGGUGCUGUGCACACACAAGUAUCCCGCACUAUUAGGAAUGAGUUGCUGGAAAACGCUGAGAAUGCAAAAAUUCUGUGUGUAGGCGACAAGUCAAGAGCUAUAUUACAGAGGCAAUUUGGCAAAAAUAUACUUGCCGUUGCUAAUGAAGUUGGUCGAAAGCCACCAACGUUUCUAGAUGCUUCUAAGUUAGCUAAUGUUAUACUCACACUUGAUUAUGAGUUCGCUGCUGGGAAAAUUGUAUACAAUCAGUUUAAGAGUGUAGUUUCAUAUGUAACCUCCGACCUCCCAGUAUUCAGUCUCAAAGCAGUGACUGCUGCCCCCAAAUUGCCAUUAUAUGAUUCAUUGGACGAUGAUGUAUUGCAGAAUUAUUUGGAAUUUUCAGUUGCUUCACUUUUAUUUUAUUCCAUGAAAGAGGCAGCUGCAAGUGAACAGUCCUCUCGAAUGACUGCCAUGGAUAAUGCUAGUAAGAAUGCUGGAGAAAUGAUUGACAAACUUACAUUAACAUUCAACAGAACACGACAGGCUGUAAUCACUCGUGAGUUGAUUGAAAUUAUCUCUGGAGCUGCUGCUUUGGAUUAAAGUACUCAGAACAUAUACAUUUAGCAAACCCAUUAGAUAAGCUGUUUGAAAAAUAUAUUAUUCAAUAUUUCUUCAUUCAUUGAAAUAAUGCAUAUAACUCGUGAAGUGAUUGAACAUUCUCCUUUGUAGCAACUUUCCUCAUUGAAAUGCGAUUAAUACAGUUGAAAUUUCUGAAUUAUGUAAUUUGUUUACUGUGAUUGAAGUUAACAAGCUCGUAUUUGGAAUCAUCAUGAAAAGCCCCUUCUGUCAUCUUUAAAGUCCACACAGUUGAUUCUGUAUAUGAACUUGUUGUCUUGUAAAUGUGUAAAGUUUUAAAAUGUUUUUGAUGGGUUAAUAUGAUAAAUAAAACUGAAAGUUUACACAGUUGACAAUGUCUUGUUUUGAUUUAAGAUUUAUUUUGUUGCACAAAUCUGAGUAAAGUGACUUCUCUUUAACAAAACGAUUGCCACACAAAUUUUUAAUAUAAUGAUUUGAGUUUUAGGUCAUUAUAUGUGGCUUCUAACUGCAGGGUUUUGUAAUGCUUUCUUCUUUUCAAUGGUCCAAUUUUUACUGUAAGUUUUCAGUCCAAGGUAUUGUCUGCAUUUGAAACUAUCAGAGCAUGUAAUAGUGAUAUGAUCUCUCUUUUGCUUACGAGUAGUAGAGAGAGUUAUAUUGAUACUGUACCUGCAAAUAGCGUCCAUAGCGGUUGGGUUAUAAAUUAUAAAUAAUGCUGCACAAAAAAUUGGAUUACAACUUAAAAUUAUUUAAAGUUUUAGAGUACAAAUAAAGAAAUUUCUUUCCCUCAAGGCUUUUGGAACUAUGUUCAUAAUAUUCUGAGAUAUAUUUGACAAUCUAUAUCUUGUAAGAAAUUAACAAAUCUGGUGUGAAUUUUAUCAAUUCUGGUGAUAUAAAUGGUGCAAAGGGAAUUAUAAUUUCAGUUUGAGUAUGAGAGGCAGGUAUGGAGUUUUUUCAGCACGUCAGUCUCAGUUCUGGAAAAUUACGAAU